AGUUAUCCUUUCGCAGCGCGCAUGAAAGGAGCUCUCGCCUAUGAUGGCAUAAAGUGUUGUGCGUUGGAAUUUUGGUACAAAUUAUUUACUUGUAGGAUAAUUGAUGUGUGUUUACAUAAAGUUAAAAUAUACAUAAAUGUAUUGGGUGUGCAUAAGUAGUAUGGAAAUAAUUAUUUAUGCCUGGACGCCGUAAAUUAUGCUUGCUAAAAUUGCAGAGAAUUAUCUGAAAAAGUGUUUGAUUUAUGUGAAUUAUUGUAGAAGUGUGGCGGCCGGUUGUUACUCAUAUGCAUAUUUGUUUGACUAAUCACAUUUUUUAUUUACAUAUAAUAUGCUUGUGUGUGGUCAGUAGCUACCAAGCACAUACGUUAAUUUACUGAAUAUUAAAAUAUAAUUUUUAAUAAGAACUUUAAGCACUUUGCUUACUUAAAAAAAUGUAAAUACUCGUAAGCAAAUAAUUUAUAAGCGUUACUAGAGCUGAUAGCAACCACACGUAAUAAUAAAAAAAAUUAUUUAAAAGGCGUCGUAACUAAGUGAAUUAAAGCAAAGCUUAAUAGCUGAAAAGUUAUUUGCUAUAUACUCGUAUAUAUAUGUAUGCAUAUACAAGUGUCCAAGUAUAUUGUUGACAUCUGGCUCAAAACCAAAGCAAAUUUAUUUAAGCUGUGCUGGCAAUAUAUACAAAUUUGAGAGUAUAACUAUAAAGUAUAAGACGAAAUGAAAAAAUAAUAAUAAAAGAACAGUCAUCGUCUCAAUCUCAGCAGUUACAACAAAUACAAUGUCUACUUACUUACGUAGUUAAAAAUAAAUCUGAAUUCUUCUCUAUCCUUGAUAUUUUAGAAACAGCCACAAUAGAUAUGAGAUUUAAAACUGACAGUUUAGCUGUUUAAAGACACUUAACCUCAAAGUAGUAGUAACCAAUGUAAAUAAAUUGCACAAUCAUAAAAAGUAAUCGACUGAUCUUGAAACUAACCAAAAUUGUAUAUAAUAAACUUUUUAAAUUGAAAUCGGGUAAAAAUUAAAAAAUAAUUGUCAUAACAUAAUUUAAAUAUAUAUCACUUAAAACCUUAAUUCAAAAGUAUUGUUUUGUAUUAAUAAAAAAUAAAUUUAAAUUAAAUUAAAAAAUUAAAUAAACUCUUAAAGUAAAAAAUUACAUUAUAUUAUCAAAUAUUAUUAUAUAACGAGAAUUAUUAUUACGUGAAACUUACUAAAUGCGCGAAAAAAAAUUAAAAGAUAACAAUAAUAAAAUAUGCUAAAAAAACAGAACAACAUACAACUAUUUCUAUAAAAAAAAUAACAUUGAUAUAGCAACUUUUAAUUAAAAUUUAUAUAUUAUUUAAAUUAAAAUUUACCAAAGCACAAAUUCGUUAUAAAAAGGCAAAAAUAUAUAAAAGUUCAAAUUACAUUAUUAAAAAUUAAAAAAAAAAAAUCAUUAGAAUUUCUAAUAUACAUAUAAAUAAUAAUAAUAAAUUUAAUUUAACAACUUUAAUAAUAUAAAAAUACUAAAAAUAUAUUUAAUAUAUAAUAAAAAUAAAAAAUAUAAACAUAAAAUGUUGCUUAAAACAACUCAAAUAAAUUAAUAUAAUAUAUAUAUAAUAAAAAUAUUACUAAUAACAAUAACUAAUGAGUUAAAUAAUUCGUCGACGUACGCGUUGGCAAUUUAUUAAUGGUUACGAAGGCAACCACAAACACAUACACUACACUCCAACUGCAUUUGACACACACAAACAUAAACAACAUCUUACCAAAUAACCGCUUAAAAUAAAAUACAUACAUAAAAAUGCUCAAAAGCGAGAAAAUGCCGUUAGCGAAAUCAUUAAAAAUGUUCCUCACCAUAUUCGUGGCGACCACCUGCAUCUACAUGGUGCUGUAUCAGUAUCAUCUGUCGCAAGAGCCAAUAGCGCAGCCAAAAUAUAUUAAGAAUAAAGAUAUUUCAGCCGAUGCGGAUGCCGCUGCUAUCGCACGAAAAUAUAACACAUAUUUAUGGUCACCAAUGUCGCUAUUUAGUGCGCGACAACCGCAACAACAACAGCAACAACAAGUGCAAACACCAGAAGAACAAACACAACUAUCAAUCAGCGAGCGGCAAUCAAAUGCAACAACGAGUGAGUCGGCAACAAAAACAUACUCGGCAAAGGAGCGAAAAUCAGCAAAGCUAACUGUUAGUGCAGCCGCACAACCGUUAUCAUCACCAUUACAAACCACAACACAGCAUAAUAUUUCCACAUCAAACUCAUCUUCAUCAUUCGCAUCAGUCAUAACCGCAUCCACACAUACAUCCACAUUGUCAUCAAGCGUAGUGUCAACUCGUUUGUUGAACGCCACCCUCGGCAGCGCGCGUCAGCAGUUUAUUGCGCAAAAUGUUGCAGCGGUUGACAGUUUGAAAAAGCGCUCUUUGAAUAGCACUACAAAUUCAGCAACUACAACAACAAGAACAACGACGACAAUUCGUACUAUACCCACAACGCGUGCAAAGGCAAUUGCCACAAAUUCAACGUUGGCGAAUGCUGGCAUUGCGACGCGUCCAGCUGCUGAUACAAUUGUCAAUGCCACAAAAUCGCUACCCCCACCACUGUACAUUAUUACACCGACAUACCGGCGCGCCGAGCAAUUGGCGGAAUUGACACGACUCGGCUACACACUCAAGCAUGUGGUGAAUUUGCUGUGGCUCGUGAUUGAGGAUGCGAAUCAAACAUCGCCGCUGGUGAUGCACACACUUAAUCGCAUUGGUGUGCCUUAUGAGUACUUUUUGGCGCCCAUGCCGGAGGAGUAUAAAAAUACGAAAAAGGCUAAACCACGUGGCGUUUCGAAUCGAAAUCGUGGUCUGGAGUAUAUACGCGCUAAUGCGACUAGUGGCGUCUUCUACUUCGCGGAUGAUGACAACACCUAUGAUAUCUCUAUUUUUGAGCAGAUGCGCUACACUCAAAAGGUUUCAAUGUGGCCCGUCGGCUUGGUUACGAAAUUUGGCGUGAGUACGCCCAUCAUACGUGGUGGCAAGAUAACAGGUUUCUAUGAUGGUUGGAUAGGCGGGCGUAAAUUCCCCGUCGAUAUGGCCGGCUUUGCGGUGAGCGUGAAAUUUUUGCAUGAACGACCCAAUGCAAAAAUGCCCUUCAAAGCGGGCUAUGAAGAGGAUGGCUUCCUGAAGAGUUUAGCGCCACUUAAUCUCACGGAAAUCGAGCUGUUGGCUUCCAAUUGCACAGAGAUCUUAACGUGGCACACGCAAACGAAGAAGAACUCAAAUGCUGCGCCCUUAAAUAUGACAUUACAUGGUGAUACGAAUUUAGUGACGUUAAAUACAUUUUUAGUGCGUACGUAAAAUGUAUGGAAUAUACAAAUUUAGGUUCAUUUGGCAACACUAAAAUGGCGCGCAAAAAUGUGCUGUGGUAGAAAUCCUUAACCAAAGCUUAAUUAAACAGCUGCAAGCACUAAAAACGUUUACUGAUGUUUUUCAAAGAACUCGGCGCAAAACCAUUUUAGUUUUGAAAAUGGAAUUUCGACUGUGUCGCGAUUUAUCGCCUAUAUACCUAUAUGAAUACGUUUAAGUUUUAUUUAUAAAGUGUGAUUUUAAUAAGAAAAGAGUGAGCAUAAAAGGCAUACAAUUUGUAUAAAAAUUAGUUAGGCGCUUACAAUUUGUACAGUUAUUUUUCACAAAAUACUAUUUUUACCAAAGCAUAUUAAGUCACAAAUUACAAAUAAGUUGGUUCAUAAGCAAAAUAAUCUGUACUAUGUAUACAUGUAUGUAGCUGUAAGUAUAUCAGUGGAAUGUCAUAUUCAUAAGAGUUUUAUUUUAUAACGAUUUUUUUAGGUAUAGCUACUAUAAUUUAUAUAUAGUUAAAUAUUUUAAGUGAUAAAUCUGCUGUGUCGCCUAAUUUAUAAAUUACUACUUUAAAACUUUAGUUUUAGUUACCUUGGAGUGUUGUCACAUAUAUUUGAUUUACGUUUAGUUUUUUAAGAUACUAUGAGCUCAAAUUUUAAAAUUUUUAAAAUUAAAAAAAAAAAUAACGUCUAAUUUUUGAAGCUUUAAGCCUACUUAAAACAAAAAAACCACUUGUAAAGUAUAUUGCUUCGUAAAUAAGAUUUUUAUUUUAGUCUAAAAAACUGUUGUUGUUCUAUAGAAAAUAUGUAUAGCUUCCAAGAAAAAUAAAACAAAAAUGAUGGAAAUAAAAUUAUAAUUAUAUUUAUACCAAAUUUUAUAAAAUUUAUUUAUAAUUAUUAUUAUAUUUUACAAAUUUUUUUCUUUUUCAAAUUAAGGCAAUUGAAAACAAAAAUAUUACAAUAUCAGUAAAUUCGAGUGCCAAUGCGUCAGUAGAGAUUAAUUUUCAUAAGAGGAGUUCAAUUUUUUUUUUUUUGAAGAAUAGAAAUUUAAAUUGCAAAAGUCACAUAUUUAAUUUAUAUUAUCACAAUAAUUGAUUACAAUAUUUCAAUUCACUAAAAUGCAUGCGUAGAGCUUACAAGUAUAUUUUUGUGGAUGUCAAAUAAUUACUUCAUCUAAAAAAAUGUUUUAAUAAUUUGCUUUCUAGUCUUGGAAAACCAUUAAAAUUUUUUAAAACAACAAGAAUUCUGACUGCCACAAAUAAAACUUUGAAACACAGAACUAUCCACUUUCGUAAGAAUUUGAGUAAUACCUAUUAUUAAUAAUAAUAUUGACAUAUAAAUACCACCAAAAAUCCUUGCUGCGAUAAAAAUUGUUUGGAUAUUCAACGAGCAGUUUUAAAGUGAAACCACAGCUCAAAGCCAAAGUAUGACGGCCACAUUAUAAUAAAUGUGAUUAAAAAAGCAUUUGGGAGUAAGCCCAAAUACUUCAUAUCCCUUAAAAGCAGUGGUAUAUUUUCAAUAUUAUAUCAAUUUCUUAAAGCUAAGGGUUAUGCAAUCCUAAGCCACCUUUUCAGUUACAAAGUUGUGCUCAAUGUUUGAAGCAGAAUCCAUACCUAUUGUAGUCCGCAAGCUCAUCUGUUAGCUGGAUGCAAAUGGCAUCACAUAUAAAGUAUAUUUCUUGAUUACAAGCGGAAAUAAGGGAAAAAAAGCUAAACAAAGUGUAGGAAAAGACGUCCACAUAAAUUCGAAACAAGAGUGGUUUUAUUAAAACUAAAAAAAAAAAUGUAUAUUUAUAAAAGGAAUUCUUAUUAGAAAUAAAGACGUAAAUAAUAAAAAUAUGAUUUCCGAAUUUUAUGUAACUCACUAAACUACGCAGAAAACAAAUUUAAAUACAAAACUACAAACGAAUAAAGGUAAAAAACCUGCUAAGCGCGUAAAUGUGUGCUUCUAAACCAAUAGAUAGAUUUAUAGAAACAGGUAUUGUAUCUAGUCUAAACAACUUUUGUAGAAGCAUAUACGCGAAAGUAUACUUUUUAUAAAAUAUACUGCAAUAAGGCGAUGUAUAUAUAUUUACUAUUUGAUAACAAUAAAAUAAAAUCGAUGCACAUUUUUGGUCACUCACAAAAUGCCACAAAAUAGAUUCUCCAGCAUACGGUAGUUAAAAAAAACUUCAUAUGCGCCUAUAAGCAGGCUAUAUAUUUACUACGUUUAAACAAAUACAGAAGCAAAGAAAUAUAAAACAACAGCCUGAAGCCUGUUAUGUGUUUAUGUUUUCAUUUGACAUUUUUCAGUACUAAAGCACAAAGAUAAGUCAAUGCGCAGACAGACCACAUGUUUACUAUUUUCAAAAAAAAUUCGCAAGCAAAGAAAUACCAAAAUGCCUAAAAAUUUCAGUUGAGUACUGUAGCACAACGUUAAGUCGUUACACGUCUAAAAGCAGUCAACAUGUUUACUGUUUUCGAAAGAAAUUCAUAAGCAAGGGAAUACCAAAAUACCUAAAAGUAUACUAAGUUUUCAUGAUUUCAUUAAUUUCAUAUAGCGUAGUACUAAAGCAUACAUACAUAGUUAAGUGGAUACGCCUAAAAGCAGAAUAUAUGUUAACUAUUUUCAUAAAAUUUCCCAGUACUAAAGUACAAAGUUAAGUCGAUGCGCUAAAAGCAGGCUGUAUAUUGCUUUCAAGUUGCAUUCCUUGAUUUUAAAUACGAAAUUGUCGUUGCGCCGCAAAAGAAGUCAGCCUCUAAAUAUGUUACAUUUAACAUAAAUGAGCGUAGAACGCAAUUUUUCGACGCCACAGUGCAGAAGAUAUUGAGUGCAAGAGCUAUUAAAGAUUCAUAAAAAAGUUUCUAUACUAUCUAAGCUAUUUUCGCCAAAAAAUAAUUCUAUUUGCACUUACUUUGCUUAUCUUUGAUAAAAAAAAAGAAAUUUUUCUCAACUCAACAAUUGCACGAUUUUUACAAUAUUUAGCAACAUUAGUGAGAAUAUAAAAUUUUUAAUUCAAAAGAAAUAUGACAUAAAAUAAGGUAGCGAAUUGACUUUGCUCCAUUUCUAUUACAGUUUUUGUAGCUAAAUCCGAUUUUUAAAUUUUCCAACAGAUAAUGCUUAUACAACAUACAGUACGUGGUACUUACGAAAACAAUCAUAAUGUAGUUAAAAUAAGCGAUUUACAAAUACAUAGUGUUUCAAUAUUAUAAUAGACACUAAAUAUAAACAUAGAUAAAAAAUAUGUAAAAUAAUAGCCAUAAAAAGACUUUCCAAAAUUUCAAAGAUGAAUUAGAAAUUAUUUUGCAUUUGCCAUAGUAAAUACUAUAAUUUAUACUUAAUUAUUAAAAAAAUAAGAAUUUCGAAACUAUUUCCAAUUUAAAACCCAAAAUUUUCUCAAACAUUGUUAAAGAAAAUUGAAACUGUUGCUAAGCAUUUUAAUUUCCAAAAACUUUAUUAUUUUAAUUCACAAUUUUUAAACAAUUUUAAUAUUUUUAAACAAUUUUUAAAUCAUUUUGAAAAAUUUUCAAAAUUUCUGUUUUACAAAAUUUUGCUAAAAUAAGUUUGCGAUAGGUCGCACAGUCUUUAGAAAUACUUUUACUCAAAACUUAGCAAGCGAAUUUUUUUUGCCUUUACAAAAGUAUUUUCAUAAAUAAAAAUAUAUAUAAAUAGUGUCAGACACACUUUUUUUACUCUAAAGUUAAUUUUUAAUAACAAAAGAAUUUAUAAUUUUAAUUUCUUCCCUAACCUUUUUAAUACUAUUACUACUUACUUAUAAUAUUGAUACGAAAAUAAAAUAAAACUACAAAUUAUAUAACUAUACGAGCUCUUAAAAUGACCUUCAACAUUUUUUAAAUAUUUAUUAGUAGAUAUUUCAAAUUUCAUAUACCAAACACAGAAAUGACUAACAUUUAAUAUGAUAUGACUAUAUAUAUGUACAUAUACAUGAAAAUAAAUCCACUACACAUUUAGCUAGACUUUCGAAAAUUUGUUGUAUAAAAGAAGUUAAAUAUACAUCAAUAAGUAUUAUAGCAUUAUAUAACUCUAGCACUGAGCGCAGCCCGGUAUACCGAUACAGCAUUAACAUAUAAAAUGCAAGAAAUGAAAAAUAUUGUGAAAAUGUUUAAAAAGAUAUGUAAUUAAAAAGUUUUUGUAAAUAUAUACUAUACUACUUACAACACACAAUGCAGAUAUGCAAAGAAAAAUAUAAGAACCGAAAGUUUUGAAUAAAAUGAAAGAUAAUACAAUAUAAUAAUAUUAAA